CCCCGCCCAAGGCCCGCCGUCGACGUCUCGCAUCCGACAGGCCCAGGCACAGACAUCCGCCUCGCUGCCUUCUGCCGCUCCCUUCUCUGCCGCACCUCACGUCCACGUCCGCCGUUCGCCGCGCGCCCAUUUCGCCCUUACUUUGGCGUCGGCCCUCGUCGCAGGCCACGAGCCACGCACGUCCACGCGCGCCGAGAGCUGCGCUCCUUCGCGCACGACCCCCUUCUCUCUACGCCCGCCUCGCACACAGCCGCCGCCGCACGCCCUCACGGCGCCGCCGCCUGUGCUGCACCACGCUCACGCUCUCUCACGACCUUCAUCUCCGGCUCUAUCUUGCAGCACCUCUGCGCACUUCUUUGCGUCUCGUCUCUCGCCCGCUGCUCUCGUCGCGCACUACCUCGCAUCCGCCUGGCCAUCAGUCGCACCGCGCAUCCACGCUGCCCGCGCACGUCUCUCGCACAUAGACAGCCGCCGCCAUGGCCCAGGUCCGGCCCGCGCUCACCGUCGACGUCGGCCUGGCGCAGCAGCCGGGCGGCUCGGCGCCGCAGGGCCGUGCCGCGACGCAGGCGGCGCGCGCUGCCAUCCACGCCGCGCGCUCGGCGCAGGCUCCGGCCUCGCAGCGCGACGGCGACGAUGAGCUGGACGAGGCGCAGCCGGGCGACGGUGCAGACGGCUUCAGCUCGGACGAGGACGGCGACGGUGUGGAUGCAUACGCCAGCGCGCAGCGGCGGCUGAAGAACGGCGCCGCCAGCGUGGGUGCGCGGGCGACGCGUGACCAGUCGCACGGCGCUGCGCAGACCACACGACGAAGGUACCCUGGCGAGGAGUCUGACUCGUCGCAAGAGGGCGAGCACGAGCGGGAAGACUACGGGCCUGAAGACGCCGAGAUGGAGGGCAACUCGGACGAAGACGGCGUGUAUGAUGAGGACGACGAGGACGACGACAUGUCGAGCAGCCCGUCGAUCCCCGACGAGAACAUCGACUUUGAUCUCGUGUACGCGCUGCACAACUUCGUCGCGACCGUCGAGGGCCAGGCGACGGUGCAUAAGGGCAACAGCCUGACGCUGCUCGACGACUCGAACUCCUACUGGUGGCUUGUGCGCGUGCUGCGCACGCAGGAGGUCGGCUACAUUCCUGCCGAGAAUAUCGAGACGCCCUUCGAGCGGCUGGCCCGGCUGAACAAGCAUCGCAACGUCGACCUCACGUCCGCCACAGACGACGACCACAUUCAGGUUCCAGAGAAGAUCUACGUCUCGCACCUCGUCAAGCAGCGCUUGUACGGGCCCAACGGCGGCAUCUCCGCGCAUUCGGGCAAGUUGUCGGCGCUGUCGCGGCGGCGCGAAGGCGGCGAGCCGCAGCACAUGGCCAAAGAGACGAAGCGCAUCGGCAAGCGCGGCGUCGUCUUCGGCCCGCCAACGUACCUCGAGCACAGCGGCAACGAGAUGAGCUCCGAGGAGGAGUUCGACGAGGAGGACAUGAUGGAGAUGGACGGGCAGGAGUACGACGACGAGGAGGAAGAGGAGGAGGAGGCAGAUCUCGAGCCGGCAGUCGCCGAGGGCGAGAGUGUCGGUGGCGGCGUGCGCCCGCGCGCUGCACAGGCCGGCGCGCCGGGCUUCGACCGCAUGGAGCCCGACGACGGCAUGGACUGGGACGCGGCCGAGGCAGAGCGCGUGCAGCGCGAGCAGGAAGCGCAGAACGAGCGGCAAGAAGCGCAGCAGGCGCAGCACGCCCAGCAGCAGCAGCUGCAGGAGCAGCACCAGCACCAGCAGCAGUACCAGCGCGACCUGCAGGCGCAGCAGCAAGAGCAGCACCAGCGGCAGAUGCAGCACCAGCAGCAGCAGCGCAUGGCUCUCGCUCAGCGGCAAGGUGUCGCUGGGCCGAGUGCGCAGCAGCAGGGCGGGACGCGCGCGGGCGAGCUGAACGCAGCCGGGAUGCAGGAUCGCAGGCCGCCCAGCGAGCGCUCGCUCUCCAGCUCUAGCUCUCUGGCAGGGCAGCCGGCUGCGCCAUCACAGGUGCAGGCAUCGCGAGAGCGCUCAGGCUCGGACCUGAGCGCCAACUCGAGCGUGCAGGCCGGGCGCCUCUCGCCUGGCCUGUCGCCAGACGCCAAGAAGGAGCGCGAGCAGCGGCGGACGAGCAAUCGCAAGUCGCGCGGAGAGGACGAUGGCGCCGAGGAGAAGAGCGCCAAGAAGCGCUCGGGCGUCUUCAGCGGGCUCUUCUCGCGCAAGGACAAGAAGGACCGCAAGUCUGGCACCUUCAGCGACGACGGCGUCAUGGCCGGCCGCAGCUCGGAAGACAGCUAUGCGGGCAGCCAGGGCAAUCGCCGCUCCGGCGCCAUGUCGCCAGGCGCAUCCACCGGCUUCGGGCGCACAGUGCAGGAGCGCGACCGCGCGCAGCAGGAGGCGUACCAGCGCCAAUUCCUGUCCGAGCCGCGCGCGCAGCUUAGCCCUGGCGACAGCUCGCUGGGCGGCCCAGGUCCAGACUACUCGCCCGGCCUGCCGAACCAGAAUUUCCGUGCGCGUCCAGGCAGCUUGAUAGGCACGCCGAGCACUGUGCCGAUGCUCAACGUGCUGCGCGUCUUCGCCGGCGACGACAUCGACAGCGACGCCACGUUCAAGACGGUGCUGCUCAACGAGGCCACGCAGGCCGCCGACCUGGUGCGCCAGUCGAUGCAGCGCUUCCGCCUCGGCUCCGGGCACGAUCCGUCAGAGUACUUCCUGAGCGUCAAGCUGCUGGAGGGCGACGAGCGCGCGCUGGCAGGGCAUGAGCAGCCGCUGCGCGUCUUCGACCAGCUCACCGAUGCGACACCCGAGCGAGGGACGCCGACGAUUCCCAGCGUCAAGCGCUCCAGCGUCGGCUCCAUCUCGUCGAUCUCGUCGAACCUCAGCCUGAACCCGGCCAUUGCGCGCCUGGGCGACGACUUCAGCGACGACCACGCCGUCAAGUUCUAUCUCAAUCGGCGCAUGCGGGCAAGCACGCGGCACAGCUCGGCGAACGCCUCGCCGCACCUCUCGAGCGUCGCCAUGUCUAAUGACGGCUCCUACCUGGGUCGCGGCGCACUCGGCGACGGAAGCUUGACCUCGAGUCUGAUGCUGCCUGACUCCUCGGAAGCAUCGCAGUCAUCUGCGCCUUCACGAUUCGCGCUGCGCCUCAUCAUCUUUCCGUCAGACCUGCCCGAGGGCACAGUCUUCGACCCGCAGACGAACGCGCUCAUUCCGGCCAGCGUGCUGCAGGAGCGCGGUGCCAGUGGCAACGUCGCGUCGGAGGGCGUGCAGCAGCAGUACCGCGAGAAGAUCCUGGCGCUGCCGCGCAACACGACGGUCGCCGAGGUCAUCGAGCAGGGUCUCGAGCGCUUCGGCAUCAUGGAGGGCCUCGUCGAGGGCGGCGACGAUGUCGAGGAGCGCUCGUCGCGCCGGCGAAGCAAGGGCCGCGUGCGCUACGGCCUCUCAGUGGACCUGCGCAACAAGGAACGCCCGCUUGCUCCGGCGUCGAAGGUGCUCGAGGCCUACCCUGUGCAGCCGAUCUUCCGCGAGGCGCCCGGCAAGAGCCGCAGCGAGAAGCGGCGCAGCUUCGACCCGGCCACGCUGCUGUCGAUGGUGAGCGACAUUCGCUCCGACGACCCCGUCUUCAUCCUGCGGCAGGUGCUCCAGACGGGCCGCUCUCGCAGCGCACGCGCGCUGAGUCCCACCGAGGGCGUCCUCAUCGACAAGGUCAACGAGCGGCGGCAAGCCGAGCUGGAGACUGUCGCCCCAGCGCCUUCUCCGCGCGCCGCGGCCGAGGGUGCCGUCGAGGCGCCGGGCUCGGGCUCUGCGGCCGGCAUGAGCCGCCAGGAGAUCAUUGCUGCGCAGCGAGCUGCGGCCCACGAGCGGCGCGCUGCGGUGCUCGGUGCGCAGCGCAACGAGGCGCACGGCGUCGACGUUGUGCUCUCCGACCAGGCCCGCAUCCGCAGCUCGCGCUCGGCCGAGAGCGGACGCAUGCGCUACUCGUAUGUGCCCGAGACCGGCGCUGAGCAGGACAUCAGCGCCAUCAUCGAGGACGUGCUGCGGGAUCAGAAUAAUGCGCUCGCACCCGGCGAUGCACUGCGCCCGCCGAUCUCGCGCGACGUUAGCCGAGGCACGUUCGUCAGCGACGCGGGCUACGAGAGCGCCUCGAGCGAGCUCAACCCAUCGAGUCCGCUGAGCCUGCGCGAGGUCAACCUGACUCUGGAUGCGUUCGGCAGCGAGGGCGAUCUGCAGACUGCACCGCUUGCGCUGAACAAGAAGUCGGCCCGCGCGCCCGCGGCCAGCGCCGGCAAUGCGGACCUGCUCGAGACAUUUGUGCGCAACCCGGCGGCAUCAGAGGCCAACAUCGACGAGCGCAUCGACCAGGUGCUCUCGCGCGUCGCCGGUGCGAGCUCAUCGUCGAUGCGAGGCGGAGAUUCCUACGACUCUCGCAACGGCCGCAGCGGAUCCGUCACGCCUCCGGCCGAUGCCCGGCAUCGCGUCAACGGCAGCGGGCUCUCGCAGUCGCAGACCAGUCCGCGCGGCGCCGACAACAUGUCUGCACCCAUGGCUGCGGUCGCGGCGGUCGGAGCCGGUGUCGCUGCCGGCGCUGCAGCACUCACGGCGGGUGCGGUCAACGCUCUGAGCACUGCCGUCGGUGGUGGCCAGGAGCGCGCCGACGGCUCUUCGCGGGCAACGCCAACCGAGGCCAGCAGCCGGGCGGCACCGACGGGCGGCGCACGCAUCCGCACUCCGGCGCCCUUCAUUGGUGGCGACUUUGGCCUCGAGCACCUGUAUGCUGUCGUCGACGCAGCUGCACGUCGCGACCCGCGGCGUGCAUCGCCGUCGGCCAAGGCAAGCAUGCCCGUCUCGCCCCGCUCGCGCGCCGCAGCUCUGUCGCCGCAGGUGGCAGGCCUCUUUGCGCCGCAAGUGCCGCCGUUCGAAGGCCCGGCCAAGACGCGCGAGUCGUACUCCCGGCUCGACAACCAGCUUAACGCGCUAGAAGACACGCUCGACAAGCUGCUGCUCGACACGAUGCGCGCAUGGUGAUCGACAGAGCCGUCGACGAAUCGCUCAGCGGCUCGCACACUCUUUCGUCGGCCGCUGUCCUCCUAAUCUGGUGGUCUCCUCUCUGCCCACUCCUUUCUCUUCUCUACUCCUGUGGCCGCUGCGUGCCCGCUGCACCUCCCGGGCUUUCAUGAAAUGUACCCUAGCAACGAUCCGGACGAGUGUCAUGUUGCAUGCGAGAGCGUGGCCCC